ACCACGAACCGUUCCUCUCUGCUACGAUGGCUUGCAUGUUCAGUCCUUUCGGUGUAUUCAAUGGAAGCAUCCUCAACUUCAACUCACCUCAUUGCUUCAAUUUCCGUCGCACAACAAAAGUCAAAAUGUCCUCCGACGCCCUUCCUCCUCUUCCCGAUAACCGCAUCGUCGUUGGGUACGGAAUGACGACGGUGGAUUUUCUGGCCACGGUGGAUGGAUAUCCGAAACCAGACGACAAGGUGAGAACGACGUCUUUCAAGGUUCAAGGAGGUGGCAAUGCCGGCAAUGCUUUAACCUGUGCUGCUCGACUCGGCUUGAAACCCAGACUCAUCUCCAAGGUUGCAGAUGAUGCCCAAGGCGCCAGCAUUUUGGAGGAGUUAGAAGCCGACGGUGUCGAUACCUCCUUCAUUGUCGUAUCCAAAGGAGGUAGUUCAACAUUUUCGUAUGUGCUAGUUGACACCAAAACAAAAACUCGCACAAGUAUAUACACCCCAGGAGAUCCUCCCAUGAUGCCAGAUGACCUGUCCCAGUCAACAUUAUUCUCUGCUUUUGAUGGAGCAAAAUUGGUUUAUUUCGAUGGAAUGUUCCCCAAAACUGCUUUAUUUGUUGCCCAAGAGGCAGCUCGCAAUAAUCUUCCUAUUUUAGUUGAAGCAGAAUCACCAAGGGAAGGGUUGGAUGAGGUCUUGAAGCUUGCUGAUUUUGUUAUAUGCUCUACAAGGUUUCCACAGGCUUGGACACGAGCACCAUCUAUCCCGAGUGCACUGGUUUCCAUGCUUUUAAGGUUGCCAAAUAUCAACUUUGUGAUUGUGACUUUGGGUGAAGAUGGUUGUCUAAUGUUAGAAAGAAGUGAAAAUGUGGAUGCUGACAUAGAAGAAAGAGAUGUAGAGAGUUUCUUAGAAUUCUUUUAUAAAGAGAAAGAUGAUAGCUUGGCUAUACCUACCUGUUUAUCAUCGGCGGUGACCAAAUUCAGAGCAAAUGGAGUGGGGACAAUUUGUGGGAGAUUCUUUAUUGGAACAGCAGAGAAGAUACCAGAUUCUGAGCUGAUUGAUACAACUGGUGCUGGGGAUGCGUUUAUUGGAGCUAUUAUGUAUGCUAUAUGCGCAAACAUGGAUCCGGAGAAAAUGUUGCCAUUUGCUGCUCAAGUGGCAGCCGCCAAGUGUAGAGCUUUGGGAGCUCGAACUGGUCUUCCACAUCGUACAGAUCCACGCUUGGCAUCCUUUUUAUGCUAAAAAGAAACAAUCGGUUUUCCCCACCAAGGAAGCUCAACGCUCUUCCAUCUCUGCUUUUUGAUUCAUCAUGUUUACUUUGGGGGUCUUUGUUCAUGUCUUCUUGUAAGAUGUCCAGUAGUUGUACAUAAAAUCAUGAGUUCAGUGAUGUAGAUUACUUCUUUCAGUGUUGGAAUUGUUCUUUUGCUGAUGUAAACUCUCCUGCAACUAUCAAUUUUUUUAUUGAUCCUUUUAUG